CAGGGGAGGCCUGGUUUGUGUCACAGUGCGUUGUAAAAGCCAGGCAUGUGGGGGCAUGCUUGUAAUCCCAACUUCUCGGAGGCUGAGCCAGGGGGAUUCUGUCAAAAACUAAAACAAAACCAGGUUAAAUGCCCACUGUCAAAAUUCUUCCAGUCCUCAUGGUGGGGGGACAGUUUUGUUCUGAGCCCAUUCUCAGUCCAUUUGGAAUCUCAGAUCAUUGAUAGGAAGGAAGUGAAAGCAAUGGACCCAACGGCAAAUGCAAGCAGCGGGAUGACCUCGGAGGACCAAAAUCAAGAGGACCUCAUUUUCAAAUACUUCAAAGAAAAUAAAGUGGAGAUUGCAAGUGUAAUAAAAACACCAUUUCCUUUCCUUAUGAGCCUCCGUGACCACUCCUUCAUCUCUCAGAAGAUGUUUGAACAUUAUGAAAAAGCUUGUAGCCUGGUCCCAGUGCCACGAGUGGCGUAUGAUGUGCUCGGAGAACUGGAGAAGUCCUUCAGCUUGUCCCUUCUGGAAACACUCUUCAGCAAGGCCAACUGCAGAAGCUACCAGGGUUUAGAAGAAAUUCAUAAAAGUUUCCUGAAUGUGUCCCAAGGACAGUUAUCUCGCCAAACAAAUAAUCAAAAAGGGCCAGUCAAAGAGAGAGCCAGCUCACAAUUUGGUGGACAAGAGGACAGCAAUGUCUGUCAUGAAACGUGUGAUGUAGAAGUUCCUCAGGAAGCCUUGAGCUCUCCACCAAGAAGUGGUUCAGAGUCUGGGGAAGUUAUUCUACAAACAGAUGAAGAAGAAAUAUUCACCUUGCUAUAUUGUGAUACAGAAGAGAUCUGUGAUCCCCAAACUCCACAAGUGACUAACGGAGGGGAGCCAGCAGGGGUGCUCAGGCUACUCUCAGGUAUUGAAAGAUGUCCAGAACCAAAGACCAAAGGAAAAAUGGGAAUGCUAGAGACAAGGAAAGAGGGAGAGAAGGAGAUCGAAAGAGAAGGCACCGAGAAGCACCGGGGAACGCCAGGGACAGAGCCCAAGGGGAGAGAUGGAAGGAAGGCUCGGCGGCAGGCAGAAAGAAGUGAAGACAGAAAUGACUGUUUGGAAAUUAGCCAAACAGAAGAAUCCCAGCAAGCUUCAAGCUCCCAGCUAAUACUUGAACCUGUAUCCAGCCAACUAGAAGGUCACCAAAUGAAUGAAGAAGAACUGGAAGAGCUUGCCUCUAGCCUACUGCUCCAUGAUCGACAAGAGCAACCAGCAUAUGAAAAUGAGAGGUGUUAUUGUGUCAUGUGUUUCACAAAAUACGUUCCAGAAGACUCAGAAGCAAGGAGGAAAAACAGCCACACAUGUAACACUAAAGAUAAUGUGGAUAAUAGAAACAACUGUACUUCUGGAAAACACAAGAGCAGAAGUAAGAAUAAUAUGAAUUUACUUGUUUUUUGUAUUACAGAUAAGUUUUUACAUGCCAGAACUUAA